AUGUCUGCAUUGUCUGAGGAAGUCAACACGACUCUAAUUAAUAUUUUGACUGGUUUUGCUUCUCCAAAUAAUGAAAUUCGUUCUGCUGCAGAGAGAAGUUUGAACCAAGAAUGGAUCACACCAAACAACAUUGAAGCACUAUUGGUCUUCUUAUCCGAACAGGCCGCUUAUUCACAAGAUGCAACUUUUUCAGCACUAUCUGCUGUUCUAUUUAGGAAAUUGGCUUUAAGAGCACCACCUUCUUCCAAGACCAUUAUUAUCGCCAAAAAUAUCACUCAUAUUUCUCCAUCAGCGUUGCAACAAGUCCGUAUAACUCUUCUAAAAGGUUUCGUGAGUGAAAGACCAAAUAAUAUUAGACACAAAUUGUCGGAUGCAGUGGCAGAAUGUGCUACUGAAGAUAUGGAUGAUUGGCCUGAAUUACUUCAGACUUUAAUGGAAGCAAUUAAGAAUUCGAAUCCAAAUUUCAGAGAAUCUAGUUUCAGAAUUUUAUCUUCAGUACCGCACUUAAUUAAUGCCGUUGCUGUUAACAGUAUUUUAGCAAUUUUUGAAUCUGGAUUCAGCGAUGUUGACGAUAAUGUGAAGAUUGCAGCAGUUACAGCAUUUGUUGGUUAUUUUAAACAAUUACCAAAAAGCCAUUGGUCGAAAUUGGGCAUCUUAUUACCAAGUUUAAUGAAUAGUUUACCAAAGUUCUUAGAUGAUGGAAAAGACGAUGCUUUAGCAUCAGUAUUCGAAUCUUUAGUGGAACUAGUGGAACUAGCACCAAAGUUAUUUAAGGAUAUGUUUGAUCAGAUAAUUCAAUUUUGUGAUAUGGUCAUUAAGAACAAAGAUUUAGAAACACCAGCAAGAACAACAGCAUUGGAAUUACUUACUGUAUUUAGUGAACAUGCUCCACAAAUGUGUAAAACAAAUGCUAAUUAUGGUCAAUCCCUUGUCACUGAUACUUUAAUAAUGAUGACAGAGGUCUCUAUUGACGAUGAAGAAGCUGUUGAAUGGCAACAUUCAGAUGAUGCCGACGAUGAAGAAGAAGAAGUUACAUACGAUCAUGCACGUCAAGCAUUGGAUCGUGUUGCUCUUAAAUUGGGUGGUAAAUAUUUGGCACCAACUUUAUUCCAAUUUUUACAACAAAUGAUAACUUCAUCUGAAUGGAGAGAAAGAUUUGCGACCUUGAUGGCGUUAUCAUCAGCAGCAGAAGGUUGUCGUGAUGUUUUGAUUUCUGAAAUUCCAAAAAUAUUGUCAAUGAUUGUCCCUUUAAUUGAUGACCCUCAUCCAAGGGUUCAAUAUGGUUGUUGCAAUGCAUUGGGUCAAAUUUCCACCGAUUUUGCUCCUCUAAUUCAAAGAACUUCUCAUGAAAAAAUAUUACCAGCACUAAUUUCGAAACUAACAAAUAAUUCAAUCAAUAGAGUCCAAACACAUGCAGCAGCAGCUUUAGUUAAUUUCUCUGAGCACGCUAAUCAAACUAUUCUAGAACCAUAUUUAGAUAGUUUAUUAAGCAACUUAUUGAACCUACUACAAAAUGACAAGUCUUACGUUCAAGAACAAGCAUUGACUACAAUAGCUUUUAUUGCAGAAACAUCAGCCAAGAAAUUUAUUAAAUACUAUGAUACAUUGAUGCCUUUAUUAUUGAAGGUGUUAAAGACUCCAACGGAUGACUCGUCCAGAGUAUUAAAAGGUAAAUGCAUUGAAUGUUCUACUUUAAUUACUUUAGCUGUUGGUAAAGAAAAAUUUUCUGAACAUUCUCAAGAAUUAAUUAAUCUAUUGAUAGCUUACCAGAAUGAAGGUGUUCAAGAUGAUGAUCCAAUUAAGUCUUAUCUAGAGCAUGGUUGGAGUAGAAUUUGUAGGAUUUUAAAGGAGGAUUUUAUGCCAUUACUACCAAUUGUCCUUCCAUCUUUGUUAGAAACUGCAAAGGCUACACAAGAUGUUAGUUUAAUAGAUGAAGAAGAAGCUGAGAAUUUUCAACAAUACUCGGAAUGGGAAGUCGUUCAAGUUCAAGGUAAACAUAUCGCUAUCCACACAUCUGUUUUAGAUGAUAAAGUUACAGCUAUGGAAUUAAUUCAAGUUUAUAGUACAAUGUUGAAAAAUUUGUUUGCUCCAUAUGUAAAGGAGAUAUUAACUGAAAUUGCUAUUCCUUCAAUUGACUUCUAUUUACAUGAUGGCGUCCGUGCUACAGGAGCUAACCUAAUACCAGUGUUACUAUCAUGUCUAAUUUCUGCUGUUGGUAACGAAAACGAAGAGGUUUUACAAUUGUGGAAAGUAGCUGCCGAUAAAUUAAUUGGUGGCAUCUUAUCUGAACCAAUGCCUGAAAUUACCCAAAUAUAUCAUUCGGCUUUAGUAGAUGGUAUUGCCAUUAUGGGAUCAAAUUGUUUAGAUGACGCUCAAUUAUUAGAAUAUACUAAAGGUGUCUCGGGCAAUGUUUCGGGCGUUUUUGAACGUUUGAAGGAAAGAUAUAAUGAAGAUGAUGAAUAUAAUGAAGGUGAGGAUGAUGAUUAUGAUGAAUUCACUGAUGAAAGUUUGUUAGAUGAUAUUAACAAAUCGCUUGCUGCAAUUUUCAAAAUGUCACAAAGUAAAUAUCUACCUAACUUCCAAACUUUGUGGCCAUUGAUCUCAUCGUACUUGCAAGAUGGAGAACCUUUCAUUCAGAUUUUUGCUUUGACAGCUAUUGCUGAUAUGAUUCAAUACACAGGUGACAAUAGUUCAAUGUUUAAAGAUGGAUUUAUCUCUACCGUUACUUCCUUAUUAGUUUCACAAGACCCAUCAUUACGUCAAGCCAGCUCUUAUGUGAUUGGUAUUUGCGCACAAUAUUCGCCAUCAGUGUAUGGAGAUGUUUGCAUUCCUUCUCUGGAAACUUUAUUCCAGAUUGCCUCCAUUCCAGAUUCUAAAUCUGAAGAUAAUGAAACCGCUACCGAAAAUGCCAGUGCAGCAAUAGCAAAAAUUUUGUCUUCUUAUAGUACAAAUAUCCCAGAUAUGGAUUCCUGCAUUGAAAACUGGUUAAAAUUAUUACCUACAUUAUCUGAUCAAGAAGCUGCUGCAUUUAAUUAUGGAUUUUUAAACCAUUUAUUCACAUCUCACUCGCAUGUAAUUAAUGAUCCAUCUAAACUUUCUACUAUCGUUGAUUUGGUUGUUCAAGCAUUGCAUCAUAAAUCUAUUAGUGAUGCAUCUGCUGUUGAUAUUGUCAAUACUAUCAAAAGCGUAUUAGGCACCUUGCCACAAGAUGAAGCCAUGGCUAUUUUCAAUAAGUAUCCAGCCGAUGUCAUGGAAACCAUUCAAAGAUACUUUUCAUGA